GUACGUCAUUCAUUCGUUCGCAAGUCAAGUUGGCAUUUUUGGUUGGUGUUGGAAAAACUUUGACAUUCUUCGGAGCUUCGAAGCAAGCAAUUCGAUUCUGAAAUUCGGAGCAAUUCUGAGGAACGUGUCGUGUCGUAUUCGUAUCCUUAGAUUUACAUUUAAUUUUGUUAAGACAACUUGUUCUAUAAGGCAUUGUACAUUAAACAAUCGUACAUAAAAGAAAACUAAAUGGCUUCGCCGCGUACCCGUCGGAAGUUAAAUUCAGUGAGGACACAAGAUGAAAACCACAAAUGCUUUGAAUGUGACACGCUGAACCCACAAUGGGCAUCUGUCACUUAUGGAAUAUGGAUCUGCUUGGACUGCUCUGGAGUUCAUCGAAGCCUCGGUGUGCACCUCUCGUUCGUGCGUUCAAUAACCAUGGACAAGUGGAAAGACAUCGAACUCGAAAAAAUGAUGGUUGGUGGAAAUGCAAAAGCUCGCCUAUUUUUUGAAAACCAGCCAGACUAUAAGCCGGAUAUGUCAAUACCACAGAAGUACAAUACAAAAGCUGCCGCCAUGUACCGACAAAAGAUAGCAGCUCUUGCUGAAGGUGGCUCAUGGAGUCCAUCUGAUUAUAAGCCUGACAAUACUGAAAGGUCAUCGGAUUGGAAUUCACAAGGAUCUUACUCCUCUAAUGACAACAUGUUCCACAUGAGUGGUUCUGAUAAUGAUAUCAGUUAUCACAAGUAUGGAGGUGGUCGCUAUGUGGGCUUUGGUAGUUCUCAGAAUCAAUCUCAAUCAACUCCUAUGUCACCAAUGCACAGUGGAAAUGAGAUUGUUGACAACACUCUGGCUUCUUUAGCAUCGGGUUGGUCUAUGCUAACAUCUUCUGUUAGCAAAGUGGCUCGUACUGCGACUGAAAGUGCUGUUAAAUAUGGAGGAAUAGCUUCACAGAAAGUUUCUGAAAUGGCAUCUACUGUCACAGAUAAGGUCAAUAAUCGUGGUGGGAGAAGCUCUUUGGGCGGCGCUAACGAGUUGCGUAGAGCCAGCAACACAAGUCCUCAUUUCCUAACUCAAAGCUAUGGUGCAAUGAAAAAUUCCACUUCGGAGACCUACUUCAAUUGGGACGAGCCAAACCAGUCGUCAACAUCUUCUAUAGCAGCUCGUAACAAUUUAGAUACUCGUGAUCUAUCUCAGGUUGGUAUAUCAAGCCCACCUCCUGAUGUUAAAAAUAUCACGAUAAAGAAAAAGCAAGAUAAUGAAGACUCAUGGGACUGGCUUUAAACAUCAAAAUAGUAAUGAUAAGACAUAAAAA